AUGGGUGUUGCGGCCAAUACUUCUUCAGGCCAGAUACUCGUAGCGCAACGUCCGAAGGAUAUGAGGACACUUGAACAAAAAACCCAGCUAUUAAAAUUGGCAAAGAAAUUCUGUGAUACUCAUCCUUAUAUUCCACUUGAAGAACUGAACCGCCGCGCCAAAGCCAAAGCUGAUGCUGCUAAAGUGCAAUCUGCAUCUGCAUUACUUAGUGAACAAAUGCGAACAAACGAAAAGAUUGAUGGCCUAGCUUCAAUGGUUGGUACCCUGGUUCAAUGUCUUCCUACUUUACUUUCGGCUCCGUUUGCUACCUCGGGGUUGCACUCUAUAUCUUUAUUGGACUCCAACAUUCUCUCCACGUUUAGGCCUGUAUCUGCACCACUGAAACUUCGAAUUGAGGAAUCUAAUCCAAGGGUCAACGACACCGGAUUCACAACUGAAACUGACAUGGAAUAUGAACCUGUGGCUCGGCAAAACGAUGGACCUAUGCUUGAAGUUGGCAAUAGACUUACGAAGGAGAAGGACGGGGACGGCAAGGAGACUGAUGAGCCUAUGCGAGAGAUGCAUAGUGUUUACGAGGGCAAGAAGGAUAAUGUUGUCAUGGCUGAUACAGAGGACUCGGCAGAGGUCUCCGCUGUGAAUUCUCCUGUGGGAAAGGGAAUCGCUACAAUCAAGAUUGCCCAUGGGCAGUUGGUUAACUUCGAGAGUGCUGACAUUUGUGACCCUCGCCAAAUAUCAUUUGCAACUAACAUCCCCCAUCUCGAACGCAUAUGGGAUGAUGAAGGCCCGAACUGGGACCCUGCUGACUGUGGCACCAACCUUUUGUUGAUUAACGGCACCCCUAUCGCCCUUCGGUACUGGCCUGAAGUUUUUAGUGGCAAGAAGGAUGCUCGCUGGAAGGCAUUGAAGAAAAAUUGGACUGAAUGGAAGUUUGUUGUCGAACGAUAUUGCUCAAGUACUGCCGAUGCUUUUUGGAAAGAGUUUUCUUCUGCAGAUGGGAACCCUUUCAACUGGAAGAGGAUAUGUGAGACAUUGCGGGUUCAACGAGCUGCGCAUGAGCAGCAUAUUGUAGACAGGGCAAAAGUGGAGUACGGUGCUGACUUCGAUAAAAUCUUUGUAAAUCGUGGAAAGGUAUUAACUGAUAGAACAGCUAUUGCUCGUCGCUAUUUUGAAAAACAUACCAUGGACCUCAAUUAA